UUUCGGAAGUUGCAUGCGCAGAUAAUCAUACGAGCGCUCACAAACCAACGGGAGAAGCAAAGGCCGGUUUAUUUCAGUAUUAUUAUUACCUAGCUAGUAAUUCAUAAAAAUAUACAGAUUUUAUAUAAUUUAUACAUGGAUAUGGCGGAGAAGGUAACGAAAACUGCAGAUGAACUGUAUGUGUCUGACAAAGAGGGAAAUGACCAGGAUGGCGAUGGAACAGAACAGAAGCCCUUCAAGACCGCAUUGAGGGCGUUGACAUUUGCUGGAAAAGAACCAUUCCCAACCAUCUAUGUGGACUCUCAGAAGGAAGGAGAGCGUUGGGCAGUGAUCUCCAAGACACAGAGGAAAAAUGUGAAGAAGUUAUUUGCUCGGGAGCAGAUGAAGAGCGACUCCAAAGACAAAAAGGAGGCAGAGGAUUCUGAGAGACGAGAGAAGAAUCUGGACGGAGCUAAGAAAGUCACCAUUGAGAAUGACUCCAGCCUUCCAGAGCCCAAAACGGUUAAAAUCUAUCAGCUGGAGCCUCUCCGGGGGCAGAGGGUGAAGGUGUUUGGUUGGGUGCACCGAAUGAGAAAACAAGGAAAGAACCUGCUGUUCAUCGUGCUGAGAGAUGGAACUGGUUUCUUGCAGUGUGUUCUCAACGAUAAAUUGUGUCAGUGCUACAAUGCCUUGGUGCUGUCCACUGAAAGCACAGUGGCUCUGUAUGGGACAGUGCAAGAAGUACCUAAAGGAAAACAGGCCCCUGGAGGUCAUGAGCUGACCUGUGACUUCUGGGAGCUGGUGGGUCUGGCGCCGCCUGGAGGAGCUGACAACCUGCUGAAUGAGGAGUCUGAUGUGGACGUUCAGCUCAACAACAGACACAUGAUGAUCCGUGGGGAGAACGUGUCCAAGAUCCUCCGGGUCCGUUCCACUGUCACACAGUGCUUCAGGGAUCACUUCUUCACCGGAUACCAUGAGAUCACCCCACCCACCCUGGUGCAGACCCAGGGAGGAGGUUCCACCCUGUUCAACCUGAACUACUUUGGGGAGGAGGCGUUCCUGACCCAGUCCUCACAGCUCUACCUGGAGACUUGUAUCCCUGCUCUGGGAGACACCUUCUGUAUCGCUCAGUCCUACCGCGCAGAGCAGUCCCGCACCCGCAGGCACCUGUCCGAGUACACUCACAUAGAGGCAGAGUGCCCCUUCAUGACCUAUGAGGACCUACUGAGCAGGCUGGAGGAUCUGGUGUGUGAUGUGGUGGACAGAGUCCUGAAGUCUCCUGCUGCUUCUCUACUCUACCAAGUCAACCCUGACUUCAAGCCCCCCAAGAGGCCCUUCAAGAGGAUCAACUACUCUGAUGCCAUCAUCUGGCUGAAGGAGCAUGACAUCAAAAAGGAUGAUGGGACCUACUAUGAGUUCGGAGAGGACAUCCCUGAGGCCCCAGAGAGGCUGAUGACUGAUGCCAUCGGUGAGACCAUCCUGCUGUGCCGCUUCCCGGCUGAGAUCAAGUCCUUCUACAUGCAGCGCUGUCCUGAGGACCGACGCCUCACUGAGUCGGUGGAUGUGCUGAUGCCUAACGUUGGAGAGAUAGUUGGAGGGUCUAUGAGGAUCUGGGAUGCUGAGGAACUGCUGGAGGGAUACAAGAGGGAGGGCAUUGACCCAACCCCUUACUACUGGUACACUGACCAGAGGAAGUAUGGUACCUGUCCCCACGGUGGCUACGGGCUCGGCCUGGAGAGGUUCCUCACCUGGCUGCUGAACAGACACCACAUCAGAGACGUGUGUCUCUACCCCCGCUUCAUCCAGCGCUGUCGACCCUAAACUAAACAACUACCCUGGCCCCCUCUGUCUGCAGCUAGAUGGCACUGCAACAGACCCAAGGGUACGUCCCAAAUGGCAACUUUUAUAUAUAGUGCACUUCUUUUGAUCAGGGUUCAUAUUAGUCUGGUAAAAAAAAAAAGGAAAAAAAGUAGUGCACUACUUGGGGUGCCAUUUGGGACGAAGCCCCAUUAUCCUAUUAAACUGCAGGAAACCAACUUACAACGCUUGAGAAACCAAGACGAGAUCACUUAAUUAAUCAAAUCACAUUUUUAUUUUGUCACAUACAAAUGUUUAGGUAGAUGUUAUUACGGGUGUAUCGAAAGCCUUGUGUUUCUAACCUCAUAACAACGCAGUAGUAUCUAUUAAUAUAUAUAUAGUAUCUAUUAAUAUAUAUAUAUA